GGAAGGAAACCCUCAUGGAAGUAUGAAGGAGAUGGUGGGAGGCUGCUGUGUGUGUUCUGAUGAGCGGGGCUGGGCGGAGAACCCGCUGGUCUAUUGCGACGGGCACGGCUGCAAUGUGGCUGUGCACCAAGCUUGCUAUGGAAUUGUCCAGGUUCCUACUGGACCCUGGUUCUGUCGGAAAUGUGAAUCUCAAGAGAGAGCCGCCAGGGUGAGAUGUGAACUGUGUCCCCACAAGGAUGGAGCCUUGAAACGGACCGACAACGGAGGGUGGGCCCACGUCGUCUGUGCUUUGUACAUCCCGGAGGUACAGUUUGCCAACGUGCUCACCAUGGAGCCCAUUGUCCUGCAGUAUGUACCCCACGACCGCUUCAACAAGACCUGCUACAUCUGUGAAGAGCAGGGCAGGGAGAGCAAAGCAGCGUCUGGAGCGUGCAUGGCCUGUAACCGGCACGGCUGCCGACAAGCUUUCCACGUCACCUGCGCCCAGAUGGCUGGCCUGUUAUGUGAAGAGGAGGUCCUAGAAGUUGACAAUGUCAAAUACUGUGGCUACUGCAAGUACCACUUCAAUAAAAUGAAGACCUCACGUCACUCUGGAGGUAGCUCCUUCAUUGCUGGAAGGAGGAGUCGAUCCACGUCCCCUACUCAAGAGAAGCACGUAUCCCACCAUGAAAGGCCAAAGAAGAGUCGAAAGGACAAGGAAAGACCUAAACAGAAGCACAAAAAACGUCCGGAGUCUCCCACCAGCCUUACCCCAUCCUCGGUGCCCAUCGCUGCAGAAAAGGGCUCCACCAGCCACCAUGAGGGGAGCAAAGAGACCUCGGAGGUCGGCAGGUCGGAGGUGAAGGGCAAGAAAUCCUCGAGCCAUGGCAGCAGCCACAAGGGGAAAAAGACGGGAAGCGGAAAAAGCUCGGUUGGCUUCAGCUCAGCUUCUUCCAGCGGGACCUUCCAGCCUGCAGGUACCUCCUGCAGCAGCUUGCAGUGCUCCCAGGACUUUGUGACGUUCCCCAAGCUUGAGCAGGACGACGAGAAGUACCGGAAACCUGUCUCUUCCUCCUCUUCUUCCCACUGCUCCCCUCUGUAUGAAGGCCAGAAGGGGGACGUCUUUGAGCAGAAGGUGAUCUUCUCAGGCUUUGGAUCCAUCAUGCGCUUCUCCACCUCCGCGGUGAGCCAGCAGAGAGGCCGUGAUGCUUCUCCCGUGGACUAUAAAGCCUCAAACCCUGUCAGUGGCCCUUCCAUGGGGACCGGUGGGAGCGGUGGCAGCAGCAGCAGCCACAAGCGGAUGCCGUCCCUCAGCAUGGAGGAGGGAGAGGUGCUGAAGGAAAAAAAGCACAAGGGUAGCAAGAAGAACAAGCAUGGACCUGGCAGGCCAAAAGGAGGCAAAAGCAAAGAGAUUUUGGGGGCCCAGCUGGCUGGGUCCACGUCUACGUCCUCGUCACCCUUCUCUGGGGGCUCUCUCGUUAGCUCCAGCGUUGGCAACUCUUCGCGCUCCUUCAGCCACACGGGGAACCUGCCCAGCCUCAGCAUGGAGUCCCCGCUGCUGGGUUCAGGGAUCUACACCAGUAACAAGGACCCUAUUUCCCACGGGGGCGGAGUGCUCCGCGCUGUGUGCAGUACACCCCUCUCUUCCAGCCUGCUGGCACACCAGGGUACGUCGUCUCUCCCACAGCUCAACCGGUCUCCCUUUGCUAGCACCAUCCCAGCUUCCUCCUCCUCCUCGGUCUCCACCACGCAGGUGUUCUCACUGGCAGGUUCAACGUUUAGCCUCCCUUCCUCCCAUAUUUUUGGGAGCCCCCUCACGUCUGGGCUAUCGAUCAACCCACUCUUAAAUCAGUCGGAAAGCAGCCGGGCAGAGCCUGACCUGGAGGACUGCAGUUUCGGCUGCCGAGGGACGUCGCCCCAGGAGAGUCUCUCUUCCAUGUCCCCCAUCAGCAGCCUGCCCACCCUCUUCGACCAGACCGUGUCGUGCAGCAGCAGCGGGCAGCUGGACAAUGUCCCCCAGGCUACCCCCAACAUCGAGCAGCUCCUGGAGAAGCAGGGCAACGGCGAGGCCGGCGUCAACAUUGUAGAAAUGCUGAAAGCGCUGCACUCGCUGCAGAAGGAGAACCAACGGCUCCAGGAGCAGAUCAUGACGCUGACGGCCAAGAAGGAGCGUUUGCAGCUCCUCAACGUCCAGCUCUCAGUCCCUUUCCCCGUGGUGACCAGCAGCAACGGCCCGGGCAACCAAACCCAGUACAUCCUGUCUCCUAACGUGUGCAACAACGAUUCCUUGAGCAUCAGCAAGAGCCCCCCGUGCAAGAACAGCUUUGGGAUCGAGAAUUCGCUCUCCACAUCCUCUGAGGACCCUCAUUCAGGUUGCCCCAGCAGGAGCAGCUCUUCCCUGUCCUUCCACAGCACUCCUCCGCCCCUGCCCAUGCUGCAGCAGAGUCCUGCCUCGCUACCCCUGCCCGGGGUGCAGCAGGUGAAUGGCCUGGCCAGGGUGGCAGGCAGCGGGCUGGGGGGAGGCACCACUGCCAGCCACAGCCUCUCCACGGUGCCCAUGGUGGACGGCCUGAUGGGGAGCCUGGCAGGAGGUCAGCAGAUGCCCAUCAACGGGAUCCUGGGGAAUCUGAACGGAGCUCAGGCCGCCCAGCCUCCGAGCGCGCUGACGCAGGCGAGCGGGCCUCCGACCUUGCAGCUCUCCACCAGCCUGAGCAGCAUUCCCAGCCUGAGUCCCCUGACAGAGCAGCAGCGGCACGUCUUGCACCAACACGAACAACAGCUCCAGCAGCUUCAGCAGCUCCUGACUUCCCAGCCGCUUAAUCCGGAGCAGCAGGCCCUGGUGUUCCAGAUGAUGCAGCAAAUCCAGCAGAAGAGGGAGCUGCAGCGGCUGCAGAUGACCAACUCAUCGCAGUUGUCCAUGACCAACCUUCUGGCGGCCACCUCGGCUCCCCUGCACUCCAGCACCAGCGCCCUGAUGACCUCGGCCCCUCCGGCCCCCCCCAGCAGCAGCUCUCUCAUGGCAUCCCUCUCCCCCCAGCAGCUCAACCCUAGCGGUGCCCUCCUGGCUCCCCAGGCCACCCCACCGCUCAGCGCUCCUGCCAACAGCCUCCUGGCUUCGGGGACAGGCAUCCCGCCCGUCCUUACAGCACAGACGAACCCGUUCCUCAACCUGCAGGCGGAUGGCAACACCCCGAAAGGAACGAGCCUGAAUGAAAAGGGAGCUCCUCUUACCCAGGACAAGGGCUAAGCUCCCCCCCUCACCCUGAACAAACCAGCAGCCAACUCCUUUCCGCCAGGGGAAUGUGGCUUUCCGGUCGACUUUGAUACUGUUAGAGCAAUGAGCACAAGGCUUCUGAGAAGCAUUUCCUGCUGCUGGGCAAUGCCAAGAGGUGCUUUGGAAGACAGUAACGUCUCUGACCAAGCCUUGGUAUCGGGAGGAGCGAAGGCGGGGGGCUGCCUGCCCCCCUGCUCCGUGCCACACGUGCUCAAAGUGAAGCUGUGUUCCCGUGUAGAGUGGAGGAGAGGUGACACCAGCUGCCUGCCAGUCUCCUCCCCGCCGUGAGCGCGAGCGUGUCUUCACGGGUGUGUCGCUCCCAAGGUCGAGGCACUAGAGACCAUCGAGCGUCCUUGGCCAAGACCUUGGUGGAGGUUCUGCACAAUGUAGAGGAAUCCGGCAGUGCCCCGCGGAGGCAGCACUGGAUGUGACACAGCUGGGGAAGCGGGACGUGGUCUGCU